CGCUGCAGGCUUCGACAUGCAGCUUUCUAGGUUUGAUAGGUUGACCAAAGGAAUUUGGGGCUCACAACAUACAAGUUGGGGCUAUUGGUUUGGCAUGGGGUCCCAAUGCCGUGCUGUUUGGAUGCCUGCGGAUGCAUUCGAAACAAGCUGUCUUGCGGAGAGGAUCCACUAGAGUUUUUGAACCUUGAGUGUCGUGCAGGCAGUCAGAGCCAGACAGGAAGAAGUCAGUCGUGUCCAACUGCAUGACUGCCUCAAGAAACUUCUAAUGCCAAAAUGCAACUGAGACUCCUGAGACUUGGGCCUAAGGGAUCCUACGGAGCCUUUGAAGUCAUUCGCUUGAAGGCUUGGUGUAUUUGCUCCUGAUCUUGUUCUAGAGGGGUGACACGGGUGAGCUUCAGGAAGUGAAACCAAGUGGUUUCGCUUAGUGCGGCCGGUACCGAGAGGUGAGAGACGCCGAGGGAAUGUUAUCUCGUUCUGUCGGGGUCGACGGAAUUCAUCAGUCGGGCAAGGGCCACCGCACCUACAGCUAGACACCUCCCUGCUAACGACUCAAAACAACUGACGUAACUGACCUUGUUCCGAGCUGACAUUCUGAUUCUGAACGACAUAUGCCAUGUGAUGUAAGCAACUUGGCAGCCACUAAACCAAGUGCGCAUGUUCUAGCUCGCAUGGCUGCACUUGUGAGGACUUCCCCGUCUCACUGUCCGCGGUGGCACCAUGUCGAAGUUUUUCAGCGAUUUGAGGGUGUCGGCGAAAGCCUUUUGGGCUUGGUUCAUUCUCCACUGUAGUCGUACUGUCAGAAGUGUUUGCACAAGACACAGUGCGUUUCAAGUUCAAUGCCAUCUGGGAAUGUGUGAGUCUACCGAACCAAAAUGUACAUGGCCCCAUCCUCAGUGAGCUUCCCGCCAAUCUUGCAGCUCGCAUGGAAAACGGUUCAGGUUUCGCUGGAGAGACAAGCUUGCCACUUUCAAGAGUGACAUGCUGAGGCCAACGCUUAAGGUAAAGGGGUCUACUUGACCCAUCCAGGUGAGGCCAAUGCUCGAGCAACGGAGGUUUGAUCCAUACCUUAAGACUUGCAAGGACCAACCAGCAAAGCGUUAGUGCACUGAACCAACAUCAGCAACCUUCAGACGUGCGCUGCAGGCUUCGACAUGCAGCUUUCUAGGUUUGAUAGGUUGACCAAAGGAAUUUGGGGCUCACAACAUAUAAGUUGGGGCUAUUGGUUUGGCAUGGGGUCCCAAUGCCGUGCUGUUUGGAUGCCUGCGGAUGCAUUCAAAACAAGCUGUCUUGCGGAGAGGAUCCACUAGAGUUUUUGAACCUUGAGUGUCGUGCAGGCAGUCAGAGCCAGACAGGAAGAAGUCAGCCGUGUCCAACUGCAUGACUGCCUCAAGAAACUUCUAAUGCCAAAAUGCAACUGAGACUUCGGCCUAAGGAGCCUUUGAAGGCUGGUUGUAUCUACCAAUUAGAGUUAAUGUGAUGCUGUUGUCAUACUAGCUCCGCUUUCAGACUCUUGUUCCCUCUUGUCAAAUGAAAGUGUGGUCUCGUUGCUUUUUCCUCGCUUCGAUUCCGCUCUGUGGGCCAGUGUUUGACCUGUUGCAGUGCCCCCAGCGCUGAGGCAACUUCAAAGCUUAGUUCUGCGUUAGUAAAUGGUCGGUCUUGCCUAGAGUCAGAUUUCAUCCAGGCCAGGAGCUUCAGUAUGUCAAAAACGAAGCAAUGCUUGCCAUGCCUACGUGAGUCGGGUCACAGCUAUGCCCGGAAAUAUUCUCCGCACACCCAAUGCAAAGCUUUUUCAUCAGAUCUUCACUGAAGAGUUUAAGCGUGUUGUUGGCAUCUCUUCAGGCUCUCACACUACACAGACACAGCCUUGGAACUUUCGUGACCCGACGGCUUGAACAUGACGUGCCGCCGAAGAUGGCCAGCAUUGUCCUGGCACGUGGACGCUCCCAAUUGUGCACUGGGGUUGCCCAAUCUCAGUGAAUCCAACCGGACUCAGGCUAUCUGUGGAUGAACAAUAGUGAGGCUCGCUUCAGGCCUUACAGGUGAAGCUGAACAAGAAAAAACUGUAAAUCUAUGUUUGGAAUCCAGGAAGUUCUUCAAGAUUCAGGUGAAGUCUCUUUGGCAGGGAAGUCACGUCAAAGGAGCAGGGUGUUUCAUUGUUUUGCGUCCCUGGCGGCUCCAGUUCACCGCCUCAGAAGCAGACCUUGUGGUGGAUUCUGAAGUCUAGGAUUCCUAGGCAUCCUAGGAGUCUUAGGAGUCCUAGGAGCUUGGCAAGCGACUUGUCAUGGGGCCACACCAUCGUUUCCAUAUGCAGUGCAAGAUGAACGAUGGUGUCAAUUGGGGUCGAUUGGUGUCGAGUGGUGUCGAUGGUGCAUGUUUCUGAGGAAGGCAAUUGCUGCUACAAUACCUGCGAGAAUUUGGCAGCCCUAUAUUGUUUGUUCCUUGAGCUGGCAUUGAAGCCCCGGUGCUCUUGAGAUUUUUUUGAUAGAAGGCCGCCAACUGUCUUUGAACCUGCUCCACUUCUUGGCCUGGUUGACGUAUUUCAGCUGACAGCAAUCUUCGAAGAAAAGCACUGCGCACUGUUGGUGACCAGCCAAAUGAUGCCUUAUUUCUCGUAUGCCAGCAGCCUUGUUCUGAAACUUGUCUCUCAAAGCCAAAUCAGCUGCACGCCCCUUAGUGUUUGGAAGGGAACUGACUGCAAUGGGGUGCGCAAUGAUGUCACGCGCAGAGUUUUCCUUGAGAAUACAGCUUUCAAUCAUCGACAAACAGGAUUUGUUCCACUGCCUUGACAUUUGCCAGCCAUAAUGUGCAAAAGGCUACUGAAAGGCUAGUGAUGUUUGCUUAACGGUGGCACAGCAAAGCUACAGCUCACAGGGGCUUUGAGACUGAAAAGAAAGGAACCUUUCAGCGGAGGUUUUGUGAGUGAAAGCUCUUGCUCUUCGUCAUCCACUUUUCUCUUUCGGGCCCCGUCCCCUUGCCCUUGCACACCUUGUAUUUCCAAGACCCGCAAGAAAAGGUCAAGAUCUACAGUUCGAUUUUCUCAUAGUCGCUCACUGAAGGCAAGGAACCAUCUUUUCCCACGUAUUCUCAAGGAUGUUCGUUAAGGUGCCCUGGAGUUUCUCGCUUAGAACAAAGGACCUUUUAUGUCUCGAACAAAUCACAGUGUCGCAGGUUGCGGCUUCUGCGAAGAGUGACACCUUUGUGCGUUUCGAUGUGCCGCAGAGUCUCGAUGUGCUUCGAGCCGAGGACAUUGAGUUUUUUAGUUGGAUCCCUAGCGAAUUUUGCAGUGCAACUUUGUGAUGAUUUGGGACGCGUAUUGCGUGCUAUGGAAUGUACUUUUCUGGCUUUCGUCCAUGGUGGAACAAAAUGCCUUACCAAAUGCUUUGGAGGGCCAUUGGUAUCCAUACCGGCAAUUAUCUGGGAGAAAUAUGUUCAAGCAAGGUGCUUUGCCAGACACUUGGCUGGACAAGCCAACCCUACAGCAUGCCAUGAAGGAACUAUCAGAAGCUCAGCAGAGCGCAUGUACGAGCAGAUGUUGGAAAUGCGCAGCCUCCAGAUGGCCUUGGUGCAAACUAUUUAUUAUGCGAAUGAAUGACGUAGCUUCAGAGGAGAUGAAGAUGAAAUUCAUUCCAGCCAGGUCAAGUGGCGCAAAGUCCGGGCAGCUGCAACAUCUUGCUCACUGAUGCUCACUGAAAGCGUCCAACAAACUGGACUGCAGCCUGAUGACCGGGUGAGUUUCUGUUCCAUGAUUUGUUGGGCUGCUAUUUGAUCCUGACAUACUGACCGACCGCUGAUUCCAUUCAUUCCCAAAGCUGAUCACCUUCCAGUGCCCGAGCCCGCAGAAUCCUGUGUUUGCAAGAUUUCGCAGAAGUUGUUCGAAAGAAAUUCACAUUCUUGAGGCAAGCCACGGUCGGGGCAACUCUGGAUGCAAUGUCUGCGGCGCAUACUCAGGGUUCGGUGCUACCUGAAGUCCAACUUCCUCUUUUGUCUGGAUACAACCAACAGUGGCGGCGUGGCUGCGCCGAGCUACACCUGCGGAUGAGGACUUUUUGGAAACCAUGGAAGUAGCGAAGGACCUAGAAAGCUUGAAAGUUGCGGUUUGUACUGGAAGCAUCAAGAAAUAGACCAAUCCGAGUAGGCAGAACAGGAAGAGUUGGCACGUCAAGAUGAAGGUGCUUCGAAUGGAAAGCCAUGCGGUGAGAGCUACUGUACGAUGUACGUCGCCUCUAUCCAUCAACCCCUGCAGCCAUCUGCAGCACCCAGCCUCACACGGGCACAAGAACUUUGUGAUGAUCUGGGACGCGCGUGGCGGGCCGUGAAAUGCAGUUACCUCGCUCUAGGUCUAACGAGCCUGGUCUUGGAGGACCACUGGUCUCUGUGACUCUGUAAUUGAGUAGCAUGUGAGCCAGUUUGUACAGGUGGUUUGCCAUUGUUUUUUCAAGUCCUCCGCUCUGGGCCAGUGGGAUGAACUCCCUUUGUGCGUAUCAAACGGCUUGGAGCACAUGAAACUUGGGUGGCCUGAAGUGCAGGAAUGUCAUGAUGUUCGCUGCGAUUAACACUGCCGGGUGGCAUGAUGUGUCGCGUGCUUCACAAUGGCCAUGUCUCCGCAUGUCUCGCAGCAUAUUGUAUUUCAAAGCGACAAGGAGUUGAACUAGUUGGUUGCGAUGCAGCGUUGCUUUCAAUGCCAAGAUUCCCAAGACGCAGGAUUGCUUUGAUUGCUUUGAUUGCCUUGCCACGCAGCGCUUGUCAGCGAUUAUGCUUGACAGAUCGCUCGAGAUCGGUAUUCUAUUAACCUCUAGACCUCGUGGACCCCGUGGACCUUGUCGACCGUGUGGCGGACCUUGUGGAGCCUUUUAUGUUGAGGGAAGACGGGACCUAUGGGAUAUUGCCGCAUGAUAUUGGCGUCUUUGUGCUGCCGUAAGAAGCACCCCAGAGCCGAAGAAACUGAUGAGGAAAGCUGUGGGACGCAGAGCGGAGACAUCGUUUUUUACAUGUUUCUCUGUGUCGAAAUUUUGUCAACUUGACUUGUUCAUGCGUGCGCAGCAUGGAAAUGAUGUUGGAACUUGAUCUUUGGUUCAUCGCAGAAUCAGCAUGAUUUUAGUUUUGUGCGAAUAAUGUAGACCCC